AUGGAGUCCCAAAAAGCCCCGAAUCAACCCAAGGCCCCGGGAUACCGGCAUGCGAAGCCUCUUCCUUUCGAAUUAGCCAGACAUUGCAACAUUUACUUUGAAGAAAAAUUGUACCAUCAAGCUCUCCAUCUCCUCCUAAGCCUGCUCUCGUCAAGUACUAUCACGUCUGGCCCUGCUUUCGUACCGACAACCCACCAACUUGCAGUCGCAGCAACUCUGGUUGUCCAUCCCUCCACCACCACUCUAGCAAAAUCGCGGGAGGCUGCAAACGCGUCGAACACCGCUUUGCAACUUUUACGCCUCACCAACAAAUUGGUGGGACCAUUGGCUGCACAAUUUGGUAUUGCAUUUUCUUUUACGCGCUUCUCCUCCACACGCCAUGGGGGUCCGCGUCGCAAAGAUGGUGAUGGUGAGGACACCAGCGGUACAAGCCCAGACUCGGACACGGCUCUUAUCAACAUGGAACUUGCACACCGUGGAUCUCUCUGGUUUCGAUCUGAAGAUUUCUGGUCUGCUGUUGGAUGGGCUUUCAAUUGUUCCGUUCUCCACCCCAAGCGGUGGUCUAGAUGGCGGGUCUGGUUGGAGCUGAUGUGUGAUGUGUUGGAAGACGACUGGACUGAGAGAGAAAAUAGCUCAAGAAAUGGGGCGAAACUCUCGCCUUCCAAUAAUAUUCUCCGCCAGAGCUUAAUUUUUAAAUAUAUUUCGGGCACCUCGGGAGUGUCUGGUCAGCAUCGAAGGAUCGUUCGAGCUAUCUUUGCAGAUGGGAGUCAGGUUUCGCUGAACGAGUUUAAGGAGGUGUUCCGCAACGAAUCAAAGGAUCCAGAAAAAGGCAAGGAUCAUUUGAAAAAACGUGAAGCUGAUGUGAACAUUGACGAGGAUAUAUAUGGAGACUACCUUGGAGGAGACGAGGAUGAAAUUGACGAAGAAAAUGACACUGCUUGUACAAGGAAAACCAGGCAACUUCGUCUAAAACGAUCAAAAACUACGGCUUCAGCUCCAAUGUCGGACUCAAUCGAAGAGCUCAAUAUGCAUCCUUCGUAUAAAGCCUCAGGAAUCACAUAUUAUAACCAAGGGACACCCUUAGGUGACCUGUCAUCCAUUGCGCUUCGACAGCGACUUAUGCAGAUCUUAUCCCGAGUUUCAGAUGCUCUGCCAGAAUUUUAUAUGGCAGUGGAGCAUUUGUAUCAGCUUUUCGUGGAAUUUGCGUACAUCAACCAAGAUAUCCUAGAGAAAUAUUAUCUUCCAUAUGCUGCUUACACGAACAACGCUAUCGAAAAUGCCAAAAUAUCGAUCCUCCUAGAGACCUUACUACUUCUACUGGCCUCUAAUGGCAUGUUAAACGCUCGGCAAUCUUUGAGAGAUGCAAUCGAAACGGGAAUUAUGGCUAGAGCUGAUAAAGCGCAGAGCGACGUCAAAAAAACCCAAGAUAAAAUGAAAUUGGAUGAAAUUGGUUGGGCUUGGCUGAUUGCAAGCGGCGAACGAAUGAACUACCUGGUGAACAACUUAUUAUCAUCGGUAAAGGAUGAGCAAAUCGUCACUAAAUAA